GGGCCCCUACUGCACCAGGUUGUGACUGAGAGAGGGAGGAAAAUGGGUGAACGGAAAGUCCCUGCGUGGAAAUCCCCUUGACUUGGACUUUUUUUCUCAAAAAAAAAAAAAAACUAGCGUUAGCGGACGUGAGUGUCUGGUGUUUCGAAAAGCUUCGCGAGCUGCGAGAGCUCCAGAAUAGAUCUGAUACAGAAGGAAAGAGGAGGUUGAAUGGCGCCGAGAAGCGCUGCGCUGAGUGAAGUGGCUGAGAGAGGACUAGCCUGAGCAUCCGGGAGGCUUUGUUACUACCUCCCGACAUAUUACACAGUGUCCACGUUGUUCCAUCAUCGCUGAUUGAACGUCCUCCUCGCUCUUCCUCCCCUUUCCUUCCAUUUUCCGGCCGCCCAUCCGCCAUGUCGCAGGGUCAGAACUUCCUCCCCAAAUUCCUCUUCGUCUCCAACCUGCUGAAAGCUGUGAAGAUCCGUCAGCGAGUGCCCAACGACGUGGUGAAGCCCGCUGCCAGUGGCGGUCCCGUGCACCACCUGCACUCGAUGCACCGCCACACGCUGGAGAUGAUCGCCAUGAACCACUUCCCCCAGGCCUUCAGGGAGGUCGUGCAAGACGCCAUCCUGGACCGAGUCAUGCAGGCCUCGUUGGAGCAGGAGAAGAAGCUCAACUGGUGUCGGGAGUUGAAGAAGAUGGUACCAUUGCGCACCAAUGGAGAUGGGAACUGUUUGCUCCACGCAGCAUCCCAGUACAUGCUCGGUGUCCAGGAUACGGACCUGGUGCUUCGCAAGACUCUCCACGGUGUUCUGAAAGAGACAGACACUGCUCUAUUUAAAGCUCGAUUCCAGGCAGAGCUGCAGCAGUCUCAAGAAUUCACCCAGACUGGACUCAGAUACACAACCAUGAACUGGGAGGAGGAAUGGGAUAAGAUUGUAAAGAUGGCAUCUCCAGUCUCCAGUAGCAACGGCCUCCAGUUUGACUCCCUAGAGGACAUUCACAUCUUCAUCCUGUCUAACAUUCUCCGCAGACCCAUCAUCGUCAUUGCAGACCAGGUGGUUAGGAGCAUGAAAUCUGGCUCCUCCAUCUCUCCUCUGAAUGUGGGUGGGAUUUACCUGCCUCUUCAGUGGAAGUCCACAGACUGCUACAAAUAUCCACUAGUGCUCGGCUACGACUCUCAGCACUUUGCACCCCUUAUCACCAUCAAAGACAGCGGUCCAGAGAUUCGAGCAGUUCCACUAAUCAACCCGAAACGAGUGGGCUUCGAGGAGCUGAAGGUUCACUUCCUGAUGGAGAAGGAGCAGCCGCAGAAAGAGAGGCUUCUCAACGACUACCUGCACAUCAUAGAGAUCCCUGUUAUAGGCCUGGGCCAUGACACUACGUGGAUCAUGAAAGCUGCUCGGCUGGACGAGGGAAACCUUCCAGAGGACAUGAACCUGAUGGAGGACUACCUGCAGCUCGUCAACCACGAGUAUCAGCGCUGGCAGGAGGACAAGGAGCAGGCGUGGGCCGCCCAGCCGCAGCGCCCACCACCCUUCUCCGUCUCCCAACUGUCCCUCAUAGAGAUCCGGUGUGCCACGCCACGAUGCACCUUCUACGUCUCUGUGGACACUCAGCCUCAUUGCCAUGAGUGCUUCGAGAAACGACAAGCCACCACCGGAGGACGAGCGAGGAUAGAAGGGGUGAUGCAGACGAAGGGAGCAGGUGUACAGGGAGGAGUAGGGGCAAUGGGGGGGUCAGAGGCUGAGGUGAGCUCCAGAGGAGCUCGAAACAGCAGUCCCCCAUGCUCCUCCUCUGGACGAGGGGUGGUGUUAUCCAGCCCCCGCUCUGCCCCGCCCACCGCUCCCAGCCUCAGCCUUUAUAGUGAAACUCACGCCAUGAAGUGCAAAACACCCGGCUGCCUCUUCACCCUAAGUGUGGAGCACGACGGACUUUGUGAGCGCUGCUUCAACGCCAGACAGAACCACGGACCCCCUGGAGCUGGAACAGCUGCUACAGGACUCCCAGGCACCAACGGAGCACCAGUCGUUCCCCACCCACCCCAAGGCUCCGGCUGGACCCAGUGGGGAGGCCGCGAGACAGAGACGGAGCGGUGCAGCAUGUGCAGACAGGAAGCAUUCAGGAUAUUCAAUGGUCUGUGCCCACCCUGCAUGCAGAGGCAGCAGGCUCCAGAAAGGGGUGAGCCACAGCAGAGCAACCCCAGGACUGAGGCUUCUGCCUGGAGCCAAACCAGAGACGCUGAGCAGCCGUGCCUCACCCUGACCCCGGGACCCACGUCGGCCUGGCAGACCCCUCUGGCCCGGCCUUGUAAAAGAUCUGGCUGCCAGUUCUUUGGGACACCAGAGAAAUUGGGUUUCUGCACUAUUUGCUAUGUAGACUAUCAGACCAAUCAUCACUUGACUCCUCCUCCUGCUCCGGUCCAGAACAGACUUGGUUUGGAGGCAGGUUUCCAGAACGCUACACGCUGUCGAGGGUCUGGAUGCGGUGCAGUUGGCAAAGCAAUGCUGGAGGGCUACUGUGAUAAGUGCUACGUCAAAGAGCAGAGUACACGUCUUAACCAAGUGGCACACAGGACGCCACACUCCCCUCCGCUGCGCGACCGGGCAGCUAAACCCAGAUCUUCACAGCAAUCCCAGACCCAGACUCAGUGUCGACGGAGUGGCUGCACUAACGUGUCCCCGGGUUGCACUGACCUCUGCCCGGAGUGCCACACGCGUGGCCAGGGCCGAGAGGCCGGCAGACGGGCGCAGGCGCCCAAAGAAAAGUCAAAGCAGAGGUGUCGGACACAGGGCUGUGACCACUAUGCCAACCAAGAGAAACAGGGCUACUGCAACGAGUGCCACCACUUCAAACAGAUUUACCGUGGCUGAUCACCCGCGACGCGGAGCGUUAACGACAACUCAUUGGUAGCACGCUAGAGCCGCCGCCCUGCAGCGGGCUCCCCAUGCCAGUCAAUGCACCUCUGAUACUAACUAACCAACUAAUUAGCUAGUGACUAACUAGUAACCUUAUGGCCUGAAAAAUCAACCUCCCCCAUGUCGAAUGUGAAGCGAGAGUGUGUGUGUACAUGGGGGGGCUGGUGAGUGUGUGUGUGUGUGUUUGCAUUAGACAUGGCCUCCAGAAUACCUCUUUGUGCAAUUAUUAUCAUCCGAUCCGCCGUGUGCUCUUACACGGUUAGAGGUUUGGCGACAUGUCAGAGCAACUGACCUAACUCUUGUGUACAGUACGUAUUUAGAGGUACGUCAGGAAUCGUGCCGGACAAAAUGAUUGUAUAUUGGCGUAACAAGAAGCAUACGACAUUGCUUUAUAGACCACAGCCAAGGAUUUUUACCCCGUCCGUCUGUAUGUCCUAACCAUCUGUGUAUCAGUCUGCCUGUCUGUCUAGCAUUCGCUCGAUCGAGCGAGGGAUGCAGUGAGUGUGGCAAGCCCGGGCAGAAAAUCUGUGGAAGUAGUCGGCAAAAGUGAGGCGAACUGAGCCAAAGCAAAGCAAGUCAAAUGUUUGGAGUUAGAUUUGAAACCAUAUUGUUUAGCUCAGCUGUUCAAAAAGUCUUUUUUUUUUUCAAUAUUUUUUGGUCCUCUAGAUAUUGAGACUCUCAAACUGUAAUUCUUCCCUUCCCUUGGUUCUUAGUGGUUUUUGUGUGUUUUUCUUAAGCUGAUUAUUUCUCUUUAAGUUAAAUGAAAUAGCUACAUGUUGGAAUUCAAAGCAAAACAUGUGACCAAACAGAGACCGACAGGGCGGGACCCUGCUAGUUUUGGUGCUACAUGUACAGAAACUCGAGCCUCUCCUUUGUAGCCAACAUGCUGGCGUCAGAAGGCAGAGAACACAGUGAGGACAGGACUCUUGCCAUCACUCCUCUUCCUUUAAUUUCCCCUCUUCUCCAAAAACAGAUAUGUUGCCUUGGACAUUAUUUUCAUGUUUACUUGCAACUUAAGCACCUAGAAACACUUACAAGACACACAAAUGUAGUGUAGCCGGUCCUGUCAGAAGGGAAUUAACAAAAGAAAGACCUUAUUAGGGAAUGGAAGGUGUGUCAGUUUGGAUAAUUAUUCACCUUCUCACCACACACUCGUUUGCUCCUGCAAACACAGCUCUGUGAGAUUAUAUACCCCCACCCGAGCCCGAGGUGACGUGUAGGUAAACAAACCCAUAAAGAGUUGCUGUCCUCUCUACUAAAUCCCACUCGAAUGUGCCAGGGUGACAGUUUCCAAACUUCAGAGAGCAAUCUUGUUGCCUGCUUCGGCAAGUCUUGUUUUAUCUGAAUGUGCUUUGUGCUGCUUCUGCAGUACUGGGGCUCAUCCUGCAUACGUCUUGCCUUUAAGUAGUUACAAGCCUUUAUGGACCAUAGGGGCCUGAUCGAUGACUCAGAUCAGUUCUCCACACCUUUAAAACUCUUGUGAACAUGGAACUUAGUUUUUACCGUAGUACCUUUGAACCCGAUGCCUCAUCUUUUAACUAACACACACAAGGCCCUCGCUGAUGUACUUCGGGAACAAAACAAAAGAAACUGACAUGUCUAAUUUCCUUUGUUGAUUCUUCCUUUUGUUUUGUUUUUUGGAUGUUUGUUUUUGCCAAAAAAAAAGAAAAAAAAGUGCCGUCAAUUGCCAAACAGUUGUUGUUACCUCCUUAAGACGGCCAGCCUGGGUUAUUCUAGUCUAAAGUGUCACAGAUGGACAUCUUUGUUUUUGUGCAACCCAGAUUGAAGACGUCGCAGAUGCUCUUUUCUGCAAAUUUCUGUUUAAUCUAAUAUUCAUUUUCACGUAAAACCUCAAGUGCAAACUAUUAAUAGAACUCAAAUGUGACAUCGGCUGCAAGUCAUUCCCCUAGACCUCUGCUGAACAGCUAAUCUGAUGUAGAUGUCCAUCUGUGGCUUAAGUUAGAAAUGACACACAGGCUUUCGGUCUGCCUUUUCAUUCAACUGUAUCUAAAGCUGUCGUCUACACUCUUGACGGCCUGUGCAUAGAUCUCUGUGUGCUUUAAUCACCUCUAGACGAACCUUAAUCAUUUAAAGGCCAAUUAGUGGUCAGCUCAUCGGGGUCCUUUAACAACGUUUUGGGGCUCUGACUGGGUUUUUGCCUGGAAGGAGAUCAUAUAAAUUGCACAUGAUUUGUCUAAGCUGCUGAGGCAUUUAGGAAUGGUACUCUGGACUCUUGUAGGGACGUUCUAACAUGGAAUAAAAGCAUCGGUGUGAGAGCAGAAGGUGUAACAAAACCUGCAAAAGGGUUUGGAAGUUUCUUUUGACAGUAGGAUAUUGUAUGAAAAAAGCCUGGUUUUAUUUGUCAAGUAUUUAUUCAUAUCAAGAUAUCUGUAUUGUGUGAUUCAAUAAUCAUUUAUAUGUUGUCCUGAAAUGAAUUAUUUUUACUAAGAAA